UGAAGAGACAGCUACUUUCUGCAGAGUCCUCCUACAACUACUCCUGUGACAUGUGCGAGACGAGAGACAGAGGCAGAGUUGACACACUGUGAAGAAGAGCUGCUGUUCAGCACAUCUACCACGAGAGAAGAUCAACAGACAGGCUGCAGCAUACCACACAGGAAUUCAGCGGUGUGACCACAAAUGGCCCAAGUGAACGUGACAAACAGCUCGGGGAGCAAUUCUACAGACUGUCCAUCCAUUGAUGACUUCCGCAUCCAGGUGUACUCCACCGCCUACUCGCUCAUCACUGUGUUAGGCCUGGUGGGGAACGGCUUCGCUCUGGUGGUGCUGGUCAGAACCAAUCGCCAGAGCUCACCCUUCCAUGUCUACAUUCUGAACCUUGCGGUGUCCGAUCUACUGUGUGUCAUGACCCUGCCACUGCGAGUUAUCUACUAUGUGAACAAGGGCCAAUGGAACCAGGGGGAUUUCCUCUGUCGCAUCAGCUCCUAUACUCUCUAUGUAAACCUCUACUGCAGCAUUUACUUCAUGGCCGCUAUGUCCUUCACACGUUUCUUGGCCAUAGUCUUCCCUGUGCAGAACCUGCAGCUGGUGACAGAGAACCGUGUUCGCAUGGUGUGUGCGGGUAUCUGGUUAUUCAUCUGUCUUUCAUCUUCACCCUUUCUGAUGUCUGGCCAGUAUUUUGACCCCAUCACAAAUAAAACCAAGUGCUUUGAGCCUCCACAAGGUUCAGCUGUGGACAAACUAGUCAUAUUGAACAAUUUGUCUCUGGUGCUGGGCUUUUCCCUGCCCUUCCUGGUCAUUCUGAUUUGCUAUGCUGGCAUAGUCCGCACCCUGCUGUUCCGCACCCAAUCUUCCAGACAGCAGACACGCGGCGCAGGCACCAAAGCCAUCCGAAUGAUCGUCAUUGUCCUGUUGACCUUCCUGGUCUGCUUCAUGCCCUACCACGUGCAGCGCUCCAUCCACCUGAACUUUCUGUCUCGGACAGAAACCACCUGCUCAGAGCGGAUUGCCAUGCAGAAGUCUGUUGUGGUGACACUGUGCCUGGCUGCUGCCAAUUCAUGCUUUGAUCCACUGCUUUAUUUUUUCUCUGGAGAGGGUUUCCGCAGACGUUUGUCCUCCAUGCGCAAAUCUGUGAAGAGAAGCACCCUGCGCGGUACAGACAGGCUGAAGACCACCACGGACUCUGAGCCUAGAGAAACCCACCAGCUGACAGCCAGUUGAUUUACAAUAUGAGAGCUUUCAGAAUGGCUUGUAGCCUCGGUAAAAAAGAGGAAGGAUGUUGGGAGAAGAAGUUAAAGAUUGAAGUCAAAAAGAGAGGUUGGUUUACAUUAGAAUUUAAGAGGAAGUUGCAAGUCUCAGAAAAAAAGCAUUCUUGCUUAUAUAAUGUUGUAAUGUACAUUGUUUUCUGCAUUGUCUUUUAAAAAUGUUGAAUCCUCUAUUCCACGACCUGCAUGUAAAUGUUGAACAAAAAGUAAUUAUUGUGUUAAUGACAUGUUAUAGCAUCUUUGUGGCAUUAUGAAUAUUGUUCCAUACUGUUGAAUGUAUUUUUAUCAGAAGUUAUUACCAUUCUCUUGUGCUUGACAUAAACACUUUUUCUUAAUUUGGUUUAUCAUUACCCGUAUUUUUGACACUUGAUAUCUUGUUUCACGUCAUUUUUAAAUGAAUGAUUGGAAACAUGUGUUACAAUCAAACCUGUCAAAGGCACGUUUAUGGAUUUCCUGCACUGCAAGGAGUUACAAAACAUCACACAUUUUGGUAUUCAGAAGUGGAUUUAAUAAAACAUCUGAACAUUUUAAAAAGUCUGAUACCACUCUGAGAUCUCUGAAGUUAAUAUAAAAUUCAGCCUGCUGGGUAGUAGUAGUUCAGCCCCAAGCUUCUGAACAAAGGGAAAGUAAUAUCCUUUUUAAUGGAACAAGAGUUGCAUUCAGCACUGUUGUGAAACACGUCUUUGUGUAUAGCUUGUUGAAUCAUGUGUGGGCAGAUUCACUUUUAUUCCAGUCUUUAUGCUACAGUAAGAUUGUCCCUCCUAUCUCCUUUCACUAUCCACUUUACCUUAACCCCGGAAGCAUUUAAGUGGCGGCCAUGAUAAGAGUCGUUCGAAUUCUCUAAAAGUUAAGGAAAGGUGGGUCAAUGCUUCCUUUAUAACCUCCUUUAGCAUAGGAUACACCGGACCAUCCUUUACGAAAGGAGAUGAGAUAUGCCGCCCCACAAUUCUUUGCGGCCGCAACAUUUAAAGCAAGUCGCGCAUCCGACUGUUCACGGAAAUGAACGAUGAUCGUAAAGUGAUACAGAUGAUGUUUUAUUCAACAUAUUUAAUUCACUUAAGAAUGUUUUGUGCAGUUGUACAUUUGUAUGCUUCAAACAUUAUGUGUAGGUUAUAUCUUACAUAAAUGUAACAAUUCAUUUCAUACAAUCAUAUUUAUUCUGAUGUUGAUUUCUGAGUGGACAGGAAGGUGAUGGUUUCACUUUUCUUACUUGUAGCCUGGUAGUCUAUAUUGCUUUUAUUUCAAUCCCAACCUUGUGAUAAUUAGGAUUAUUUCACUGGUAAGAAGGCACAGGGGAAAGUUUUUUAGAUGCGUUUUUUGUAGUCCAUUUUCUGAACAUUGUAGUUUCAACACGGCAGACCCACGUCAUUAACCUCCGCCGGCCCGUCACAGUUAAUGACGUGGCCUAGUGGAAAUGUGGUCGGAUUGUAAGAGCAACGAGAUCGCCUUUCCCUAAAUCCUUUAUGAAUUCUCCUAACAUCUUUCCUUAACCUCAUGACGUUUGCCCGGGGUUAAGGUAAAGUGGAUAGUGAAAGGAGAUAGGAGGGACAAUUCGAACGCACCCUAAGUUUCAUAUCGAAUGCACUGAUGUUAAAGCAAGUAUCAUUUUUAAAUGGAACAAGAGUUGCAUUCAGCACUGUUGUGAAACACGUCUUUGUAUAUAACUUGUUGAAUCAUGUGUGGAUUCACUUUCUUUCCAGUCUUUAUGCUACAGUAACAGGAUGGAGUUUCAUAUCAAGUGCACUGAUGUUAAAGCAAGUAUCAUUUUUCUUAUGUGCAAGAAAGAUAAAUAUUCCUGUGGAAAGAUCCUGCUGUUCAUGUAUUCUUUCAAACUCUGUUAUGUUGUGUUUGAUAAGUGAGUCAAUAAAUCUUUAAAAAAGUGUUAGUCCA